AUGGAAGGCGGGAGGUUUGGCGAGAAGAGGCAAGUCGGUGCUUUCGACGCGUCUUUUUCUCCUUAUUGUAUGGUCAUGAGUGUUGCUUCAGCCGCCUCUAACUUUGCUCACCAAAUUCCCGGGUGGUUGGGCACUCUGGCAAUCGACUUCGACGGUAAAAUCGUCUACUCCGCUGGUGAUUUAUCCGAUGACACUGAGUUAGCGCCGAAAUUUCUUGAGUUGGCCCGCCGCCUUGCUGAGUACAUGACUCUGGAGGGUCCAUCGGCUAGCCAGGAGAACCCCUUCAAGCGUUUAACAAUUAUAUGCUCUAGAUACGCCUAUGUUAUGACCGUAGUGGGGCAUGUCGUGUACGUGGUCAAGAGGCAACUAUCCCUUUCGGAUUCUUUUGAGGACAGACGGGGAGUGAAAUCCUCCCAUAUGCCCGUUAAUGUCUGA